AAAGUAGAAGUAAGCUAAAAGAAUGGACAAUGUUUAAACGAUUUAACGGAAUAAUGUUUUAAAUUUUCAAAAUAAAAUCUUCUUGGUGGAUAUGAUAUUUCUUUACCCCUGCUUCACAUUUUAAUAGUACAAUAUAUUGCUCAGUUGAUUUCUGCUAUACCAACGUACAUUAGAACUUAUGAUUUCUAUGCCACAUAUAAUCAAUGAGUGACUAACCUUGUACAAAAAUUCUAUGUUUACCGCUUGAAUAUAUAAAGGGAAAAUUAGAGACUCGCUAACUUAACAUUUACCAUCACAAUAUUGUAACAUGGAAAUUAGUAUCUCACAAAAGUUUUCAUUUGUUUCUAAUUACAUAAAUUAAACAAGACAUAACUGGUAUUUUAUACCGAACAUCAAAGAGACAGUAUUAAGCUAAUAAAGCACCCUUUAAUAUCUCAUAUACAUAAGUACAAAAACUUUGUUCACUCAUCUCUUCUUUAUAUCAGUAUUUAUUCUAUUUCUAGCUUGGUUUUUAAACCAUGGAAACUGUUCGCGGUCAAAGUGACUCUAAUGAAAUCAAUGAACAUAACCCAUUAAUUUCAAUAAAUCGCCCACUAUUCACAAAAGAAACGUUUAAUCAAUAUGCAGGAUAUAAUUCGAAAUUAAAAUCACUAACUACUUGGCAACAAUGUCUACAUUUGUUCGUUUCAUUUAUUCAAAAAUGUUCUCAAAUAUUAAGAGUCAAUACAAAUGAAAAUACUUAUAAUGACCGUGAAGAAACGAAUGAAGAAUUCUCUAAAAAAAGUAGAAAACAAUCAAUAAUUGACAGCUGUCAAUAUUUUAUGACUCGUUUCUUUAAAUGGUUGAUUACCUAUUUUCCAUUCAUCCAGAUUCUGGUGCAGUACAGAGUGAAAAGUUGGCUUUUCAAUGAUAUAAUUUCAGGAUUUACAGUUGGAAUAAUGCAUGUACCUCAAGGCAUGGCUUACGCCUUAGUUGCUACACUGCCACCAGUAUAUGGACUAUACACUUCAUUUUUCCCAUCGCUAAUCUAUUUCUUUCUUGGAACAUCCAGACAUAUAUCAAUAGGUACAAUGGCAGUGGUUAGUUUACUAACAGGUGACUUUCUUGAUAGAGUAAUUCAUCUGAAGGCUGAUAGUAUAAAAUCAGCAAAUGAAGCAUUAUAUGGUAAUAUGACUCAUAAUGACACUUCAAUGCAUGAUGCAGAACAAUUCAGAAUUCCUUAUGCAUUAGCAUUAGGAUUUUCAGUAGGCAUUGUACAACUUCUAAUGGGAUUAUUCAAAUUAGGCAGCUUAAUCAGAUACUUUUCUGUACCGAUGACAUCUGGUUUCACUGUUGGAGUAGCCGUUCAUGUAUUUACAACUCAAGUAAAGAAUGUACUAGGUUUAAAAUUGCCCCGGUUUCCUGGUUUAUUCACUAUACCAUAUACAUACUAUGAAAUAUUUCGUACUAUUCAACAUACCAACAUACCAACAUUGUUGAUGGCUAGCGCAUGUAUAACAAUUUUGGCUGUUUACAAAGAACGAAUUAGUCCAGUUUUUAAGAAAAUUUCAUUUAUUCCUCUUCCUAUAGAUUUAAUUAUUGUUAUAUUAUCAACCAUUGUUUCAUAUUUAGUUGAUUUACACGAUAAAUAUGAUGUUAAAAUUGUUGGUGAAAUAUCAAAAGGAAUUCAGUAUCCAGAAGUACCAGAUAUCACGUUAAUGGGUCCACAUAUUGGUGACAGUAUUAUUUCAGCAGUUAUUGGUAUUUCAAUUAGUGUAUCCCUUGCACGAAUAUUUGCAACACGUUUUAACUAUAAGAUCAAUACUAAUCAAGAGCUUAUUGCUUUCGGAGCGACAAAUGUAAUCAGUUCAUUUUUUCAUGGAUAUCCAGCGGCUGCAUCAUUAUCUCGAUCUGCUGUUGCCGUAUCUGCUGGUGGACGUACACAGGUUGCCAGUCUUUUCUCAUGUUUACUACUUAUACUGGUUUUGUUCUUUAUUGGACCACUACUUUUUUCCGUGCCUAUUUUCUGUUUAUCGGCAAUCAUUAUUGUUGCUAUUAAAGGAAUGUUUAUGGAAGCAAAAGAUUUAGUAAUGUUUUGGAGAUUUUCUCCAUGGGACAGCGCAGUCUGGAUAUUUACAUUUCUAUGCACAGUAUUGCUUAGUGUAAAUUAUGGUCUUCUAUUAGGUAUCAUAAUCUCUGUUGGAGUUGUUAUAUUACGAAUACAAUGGCCUAAAAUUCACAGUUUUGAACAAAUUCAAAAUACAGAAAUCUAUCGAAACAGUAGAGAUUAUACAAAUUAUAUAAAACAUGAUAAAAUUAAAAUUAUUCGUUAUGAAGGAAAUUUAUUCUAUUUUUGUGCUGAACAUUUUCGUGAAAGUGUUUAUUUACAAACAGGAUUAAAUCCAUUUGAUAUAAAUUUAAAAGUGAAUCAUUGUUUAAAUAGAAUAAAACAAAUUGAAAAUACUUUACGUUCAACAUCAAAGUCUAUGGAUAUUGAAAUAGAUAAAUCAGAUGAUCAUUCAAAUGAAAUAAAAACUAUAGAAGAAACAUUUGAUCAAUUAGAAGCAUCUAAUGAAAAUCAACAAAAAUCAAAUUUAAAGAAAAAAUCAUUUAAAAGAAAAAUAUUUUAUUAUUUUAUAAAAAAAAGAAAAUUAUUAACAAUCAAUGAAAAAUCUAAAUUAGAAAUGGAAAAAAUAAAACAAAUUAAAAAAUUAGAAAUUAUUAAUCAUUUAUUAACAUUUAAUUAUUUAAUAUUAGAUUGUUCAUGUUGGACAUUUAUUGAUAUAGUUGGAGCAGAUGAAUUAAAACAGGUGAUAGAUAGCUAUGAAAAACUGGGCAUCAUCGUUCUGCUCGCUGAGAUGAAAGAUUACCUUAUUCAUACUUUACAAAAUAAUAAUAAAAUAGGAGAUUUAACUAAAAUUUACCCAACAGUUCAUGAUGCAGUGAAUGAUGCAAUUAUUCAAUUGAAUACAAUGAAAGUUAAAGAAAGAAAUUUUCUUCAACUGAACGAAGAAACUUUAACAUCAUAAACAAAAAAGAAGAUUUUUCAACAACCAUAUCGACUUAGCAACUGUUAACCACAUUUCAACAGAAAUAAAUAAAAGAGACCAAUCAAUUUCUAAUUAAUUUAUCAAACAUUUUAUUGAAAGAAAAAAACAACAAUAAUAAACUGCUAUCAUAUUUAUUGACAAAACAAAUUUCUUAAUUAUUAAUUAAUCUAUUUUUUUAAUUAAAUAUAAUUAUAUUUUGUGCAUAAAAAAAAUAAUUUGCAAUGAUCAAGUUACAUUUAUUUAUGUAAUGAAAUAUUUUUUUAUUUU